AUGGGCGGAGAGAGAGAGAGAGAGGGGAUAGUGAGACGAGAGGUUUUGGAAGAAGAUAAGAGGGGAGGAAGAGAGGGUCUCUUUGAGAAGCAUUAUUUGCUGUGUAAAAUAAUCUGCGGAUUAGCAAAAAAGGGUAAUUUAGAAAUGGCAAAAGGUUUGGUAUGGGCGACAGCGGAGGAUUUGGCAAGAAAUAGAGGCAGGGUUCUCUCACUGUAUCGUCAAAUAUUGAGGGGUCUGAAUUCACCUGAUAUACCACUGAACUUGGCAGCCAGACUAGCCAAGAAAGCAGAGGUUCGAGCCAUUUUCUUGCUGGGUUCAGAGGAGCGUUCCCUUCACAACAUAGAAGAUCUUAUUGAUGCUGCUGAAUAUUCUCUCUCCCUCUUGAAGAAAGGAGAAAUUCCGAAACACAUUCAAUAA